AUGUCAUUACGCAUUUCUGAGGGAGAAAUAACGUCCUCAACAUCAAAAGAGAGGCAGGCAGCACAAUCUUUUUCCUGCACCACCUGUGGAAAGACAUUGAGCUCACGAGGACAUUUAAAGAGACAUGAGAGAAAACACACAGAACAGAAACAGUUCACCUGCAGGAGAUGUAAGAUCAGCUUUACUACCUUACAAGAGAAGAAACUUCAUUCACAAGAGCACAGAGAGAAUCAGCAGGUUCACUGUGAGCAGUGUGGGAAGAAUUUUGUCUUCUUAUCUCAGCUGAAACUUCACAUGAGGACACACAGUGAUGUAAAGUCUUUCCACUGCACUGAAUGUGACAAAUAUUUCCGCAGAAAACAAAAUCUUGAUUCUCAUCAGAGAAUUCACACAGGAGAAAAACCAUACGAGUGUCCUCACUGUGAGAAGAGAUUCAACCACAAACCUCAUCUGAAGAAACACAUGCGUAUACACACCAAUGAGAGACCGUAUCAGUGCAGUGAAUGUGGAAAAACCUUUACAGAGACCGGUUCUUUAAAGUCACACCAAAAAACACACACUGAAGAGAAACCCUAUCAGUGUUCACACUGUGAUAAAAGUUUCCGUCAGAAAGGUCAUCUGAUAUGUCACAAGAGGAUUCAUACUGGAGAGAAACCUUACGUCUGCCCUCACUGUGGAAAGAGCUUCUCUGAUCCUUCUCAUUUCAGAGUUCAUAAGAAAAUUCACACUGGAGAGAAACCUCAUCACUGUAAUGUCUGUGGGAGUACAUUUAAUCAGCGUGACCAUUUAGUGUCACACCAGAGAAUUCAUACAGGUGAAAAACCUUACAAAUGCUCUCAGUGUGAGAAGACGUUUGCUCGAUCAGAUGUCCUGAAGACCCAUCAGAGAACUCAUACCGGAGAGAAACCUUACGUCUGCUCGAUCUGUGGAGAGAAAUUUGCUUAUUUAGGAAGUUUUUAUACUCACAAGAAGAAACAUACUGAAGAACAAACUACACUGCAAUCUUCAUAAAAUCUUUUACAUUUGAAACAAUUUAGCUUAAACUCACAUUUCUUAUAUUCUUCUUGUCUUUUUUUUUUGGCAAAAUCAUAUGUAAGGAAUAAUUCUUCUAUAUGUAGGGAAUAAUUGAUACGGGCCGUUGAAUUAUUUUAAAAUAACGCACAACCGAGGUAGUAAUGUGGCACGACACAAAGUAGAGUAAAUUAUUUCUCUUAUACCAUGGUUACCACAGACAUUGCUCUGGCGGUUAUUUUAAGAUAUUUAACAGGUCAGGUUUGCGUUUUGCAGAAAAAUAAUCAACACCUGUGAAACAUUUUCAACCAAUCAGAAUAAAACAUUCAACAGCUCCAUGGUUUAGGCAAAAAUAAUUAUCAGAUUGAAUCAGUUUGAGAGUCUCCAUUAUUGUUUUUCUUCAUGUAUUGAAAUCAUUAAAAAGCAUCAAUCCUUGGACAAUUUGAGCAAAAUAUGUUGCUGACAAGAUUCACAUCUACACUAAUCAUACAAACUUCAACAGUGGUGACAAACAACAAACUAAUUCAGAUAAACCGAUCAACUGCAAUGCGUGCUGGGAGUUAUGAAUGCGUCUUUUAAUAUGGUGAUAAUACACUGUUGCUGCAUGCAGUUUUUUUCAUUUUUAUGUCACAGUUGUUGAGUUUUUUUAUUGCUGAUUCUUAAUGUCUGUGUGUCUUAUUGGUUGUACUGAUUUGUAAAGCCUUCUUCUGACGUAUAAUUUCUUUUUAACCCUUUAAGAAGUCUGUCACAAAUUUGCA